CAGAGAGCUCUUUGCAGCUUUCCUCCCACAUCGUCCCCUUGUGAGCCGUGAACGAACACUGAAAAUGGAUGGGGGAGAAAUGGUCGGCCUUCGAGGCUUGUACCAGGAUCUCACUGCUCUUUCAGACUCUUCUUUUGUGAACAUUGAGCGCCUUCGUGUUGAGUUGGAGUCUCACAUUCAGGAUUUCCGAAAACUCCUAGACAAGCCCACGAAAAACAAUGCAAGCCGACAAGCCGUUCUCUCAGGCAAGAUUACGCUUGGCGAUGUGGAGUAUUCGAUCAACGAACAUUUUCAACAAGGGGUGCUGCAAGUGGCAGAUGCCCUCGAUAUCGAUGAACUGGAAGCGGCGUUGAUGUUUCUUGCUGCUCAAGAAGAUGCCCAGGUGCUGGACCGAACCCCUCUGAUUACUGCGAUCAUGCGAUUCCACGAGCGCCGGCACUUCCUGCUAGAAUGUUUGCGCGUCAUUCUCCAGGAAUCGUUCGAAGUGGAGAGGGAAGUGACGCAGGAGAUAAUGCAAGAAAUGGUGGCUUAUGUUCUGGAAAUAAAGGAUGCUCCUCUGCGGAAUGCAUCUCUUUUUGCAAGGAAAUGCAUGGCUUCGAUGGAGAACAUUGAGAAGUGGCUUCUGCUUCUUGGUGAGCAGAUCCAGAAAGCGACCGUUGUGGGCCAGCAAGGAGACUCCGAUACUAUGGAAGCUAUCGAUUACCAACGCAUCAGUCUGCUGCAGCAGCAUGAGUCGCUCGGUGCAAUUAUGUGCUACCUUUUCAAAGGCCCUUAUACUAGCCCCGAGGAUCUCCGACACCUUGUGAGCCGCUUACGAAAGGUGGACCGCUUUGAUGGGUUACUCGUGCAUUACAUCCCUUCAGUCGUUGCUUCUUUUGUCCAGCAUGGCUCUCCAGAAAAGAAUGGUUCGUACAAAGAGGCGAGAAGUCUCCACACAGCUAUUACUUCCUCUAAAGACGGCCAACAAUGGAUCCUUCCGACUUUUCAUUCUGCCGUCAUCGCAUUAUGGCUUGCGGUCUACAGCGCAUGGGAUUUUGAUGGACCAUCAUCGCCAAUUCCAGGUGUUGACCUCGAAAAGGAAGCGGAGGAGCGCACAAAGUUGUUCAUGACUGCUUUGGAUGACGGAGCGCUGGAUUUUAUACUCGCAAUCUGCUCUGGGGUAAAUAACGAAGAAUGGGGUGACCCAGCUCGUAGUGAACUGGUGGCGCUCUUAUUGAAGGAGAGUGCGGCAUCCGUCCCUGAUGCGGAGGCUUGUCAGGAGUAUCUGAAAAAGUUGCUAAUGGAAAGCUUCGAGGUUUUUGCUGAGUCUUGUGUUGCAAAUAUGCCCGAUGCUGUCCGCAUGCUCAAGUCUGAGGAGGAUUCGCAGAGGCUGGACCAAAUCACUGCCUUGAGAGAUGGCUUGACUUCUAGCCUCCAUCGCGGCCUCGUGGAAGCUCGAACUCAUCUCGAGUCCUUCCUUAUGAUUAUGGCAUUUGCUUUUGAGGUCCGUCAAGAUGCUGCACAGGAAUUCUGGGCGGACCCAGAUGGCAACUUGUACGGCUUUCUCCAAUGGGCCUCAAAGCGACAAACCGUUCCUCGGGUCAGCGCUUUCUGUGAGCUUUUAUGUUCUAUUUCUGGGGGUGAAGAAAAUGCCACUGCAGCACACAGAUUUCUGUCGGAAGAAGACAAGUUCAUGUCUGCCAAGUUUAAGCGAUCUACUUCAAUGAAUUGGUCUCAGAUGUUCGCCGAACUCCAGCUGUACUCAACCAGGGUUCUAGAAAAGCCUUCAGCAACAUCACAGACAAUCCUGCGUGCCAGAAAGUCUGAACCAGCAGAAAUGAGCGAACCCGAGAGUCCUGUCAUGUUGACGUGCUAUCUCCGAUUAAUGGGACAUUUGUGCAAACAGAGUGCUACUAUAAGAGACUGGAUGCUCCUGCACCCAUCAUUCAACAUUGUCACUACUCUACUGACUUUGUGCAGUGGGCCAAUACCCACUCAUCUGAGGGCUACUGCUUUCGAAACUCUCUCUGCAUUGAUGACCGAGAGAACACUUGUCAAUGGCAAUGAAAUGUGGCUCUCUAUUGACCAGUGGAUCUCUGGGGGUUCCAUGAGUGCCUCGGGGCUUGGGAAGGUCCCGGUGGUCUCAAAUCCCCUUGUGUGGCACGAGCAGCAAGCUUUUCAGAAGAUCGGGGAGAGCUUUGACCAAGCCAACGCAUUUGUCGCCCUGAUCUACUCUCUUACUGCUCCAACUGCCGAAUUAACUCAUUCCCCUCUCUCGCUUCCCUUCCCGGAGUCCUUGGGUUCUUCUUAUCGCAUGCCCGGGAUUGAACCUUAUGUCGACUUUGUCCUGGGCCAGGCUUUGACCAGGAAGGUUCCAGAUCUCACCGAGCACCAAAUGCGCUUGUUAACUUACAAUUGCUUGGAUUUCGUUGUGACCUGUCUGAAGACCUUUAACGAAAGCCUCGUUACAGUUCUUAGCCAGCCUUCUGCGUCCCCUGAUUCUGCUGUUAAGACCUCGUCUUUGGUUUCGUAUAUCCGCCUUCACCCCUUUGCACGUGUAGCAGAGUGGCUCUUUAACGAGGAAGUUAUCAAGGCCAUUUUUUCCACCGCUCAUCAAGAUGUAAAUGAAGUCUCGAGAGCUUCACCCGACUCUGUCCAGGUUCUUUCCUUGCUCAGGAGUCUUGAAGUCAUUAACCUGAUGUUGGACCUUCAAUCGACCUACGCCAAUAUCGUUAGGCCAUUGAUCAAAUCCCAGGCAGGCGGAAGCCGGACCAAUGUCGGCAAUUCAGCACUUUCUUCAUUUGAAGAUAGCAUUUUAAACAAUUUGACGAUUGUCCCCGACUUGUGCCUUUACUGCGGAACGGGACAUCAGCAACUCACUGUCAUGUCGAUGGCAUUGCUGGAGAAACUCUCUAGCUCUAAGAAGCUCAACAAAAUGUCCUCUCCUCAACUGUCGAAGUGGCAAUCUUCGAACAAGAUAGUUGAAGUGCUAAACACAGAGGUGGACUUGGACAGUGUCUCCCGGCCGCUUGUGUCUCAAAUGCAACCCGAUCUGAGGGACUUGGAAUUUGGCGCGGAAUCUGCUGGAUAUGUUAUCCGCGAAAGCCUGUUAGCACUCCUGAAUAGCUGUCUUGGCAUGAUCUCGGACCGGCCAACAGUCGCCCAUCUUCUUCUUGGAUUUACUAGUGUUGGCAAUAUACUUGAUGUCCCAGCAGACGGUCUAUUUGCCAACCAGAUGUCUUUGUUGCACACCCUGAUCAACUUUCUCCAAAACUACCCCGACGAGAUGGAAGGCAAUAUCAUCCCGUGGAUGGUGCAUCUCAAGCGCAUGGCUUUUGAAGUGAUGAAACAUUUGUGGUCCUCGAAACUAUCGUCCUUCUUCACUCUUUCUGAAAUGCGUGCCAGUCGUUUCCUUCUUAAUAUGUUUGCGAGCCAGCCUAUCAUUGGAUCGAACACUCCGUGGAAUGGAUUUCCUAUGACGACAGAUGAAUUCUGGCUUUCCGAUUCGACCUCUGCUUUGGCAGAAUUCUUGCUCUAUAGAAGCCAUCUGUAUAACUAUGCGGCAACAGAAAUACGCUCGGCUGCUAAGCUAGGCUCGCCAACUCUUAAAACAGAUAUCCUCUCCACUUUGUUUGGCAACUCUGUCUUAGAGACGGGCGAGACCGUUGCUAAUCCCACCGUGUUUGAUCUAUUUGACUUUGCGGAUUUGGACAUUGGGCAUCAAUUCUUUCCUCCCCCGCUGAACUUCCUCGAUGGGAUUGCCGUCGAUUUGUGCGCCAAGCCGCAAGCCGACGAAUCACUGGUUCUUUACGAUAUAGCCGAGGUGGAGGAGCUCAUCCAGGUCAGAAAAGACGAGUUGAUACAGAGUGGCCGGUUGCGACCUCUGGAUGAGGAGCAAUUCGUGGCCGAGUCCCAAACUCUAACCUUGUUCCUUCGGUCAACGAACCAGAGCAGACAAAUUCAAUCCAACCGCUACGUGGCUCUCCGAUCAUGGACCGAACUUAUUACGACUAUGAUCACCUGCGCGGACAUGGAUGGAGGACGACGAUCGACGUUUAUACUCCACUCUAUUCAGUUGAUUCUUCCCAAGCUCGAGGUUGCUGUUGAGGACGAUCUCCCAGAGGGAGUUGAGCUCGCACGAUUGGCAGAGACUUUGGUCAGCAAGUUAGACUCGGCCCCGUCCCAGAUCCAGUCCACCCGAAGUGGGGACGUGAUCGACGAGAAGCUUCACCAACUGUUCCAGAUUUGUGUCCGAGGCAUCAUAUUGGCAACUGGGAACGUCAACCUAAGGGAGACUUUCUAUAACAUUUGCUCGCAUUACAUCUCCCGUAUAACAGCCCCAGAUCUGGUGCACGAGAGCCUGAGGCGCCACAGCCAGCAGGUUAUCAAGACAGCUGGGUCUGCUCUCAUUGAGGCUACAUGCGAUGAUGCGUAUGGAGGUCAGGAGACAUGUCGGGUGUCGGCUCUUUUGUUGCUCAACCUUCUGGCUAUCUUGGACAGCCAGUCGGACGCCGUCUUGGCAGAGGCCAUAUCGCAGUCAAACUAUCUGAGUUUGUUCUUGGACGCGAUUCGAGCGCUGCCCAGUGAACUGAGAAAUGCUCAAGGAAAUGACACCCCUCUGCUGUUAUCAUACUAUGAAUCUCUACUGUCUCUGCUUCAGCAACUCUGCCAAACAAAGAAUGGAGCUAUUCAGGUUCUUAAAGCUGGUCUUUUCGAAGCCACACGAGACUCUCAGCUGUUUUCCGCUGACCCCGACAUUGGCAUCGAUAUCGACAACCCUGAUGCCCUCCGAAAGUAUUACGACCUUCUCCUCUCGGUGCUCCGCGUCAUUGUCUCUGCCGUUUUCUCUCGGGGACUCCAUAACGAACAGAUUGCGGAGCAAACGCGAGCAUUCCUAGGCGAGAACCGACAGAGCAUGGUUGGUAUUUUCAAACGAUAUGCCAAGAUUGGGGGAUCGGGCGUUCCAGACCACCAGGAGACGCUCCGUGAUCUGACCAAGUCAUAUAUGGCACUGAUUGCUGCGACGGACUUUUUGGAGAACCCAAGAGGCGCCACCGAGCAGAGGAGCGGUAAGCGCAAAUCGAUCGGCAAGAGGAAGCUUUCUGAUCAAGGGGAGGGGUCGUCGCAGCAGCAAAACCACCAGCAGGCGACCAUCUCUGAGCUUCUAUCCAGGAACAACACGAAGGGCUACCCGCAGCAACAGCGGCCUUCGUCUCCAACGAACAAGCGUCCCCGAUUAUCGCCCUCUCUUGCGGACUCGGAUCGGCCCCAGGAGCUGAUCCCACCGGACAGAAUGUAUACUUUUUCAAAUUCAGAAUCGAGAGCAAGUGGCGGGGGGACACUGGGACAAGGGUCAGCUGGUUCCUCCGGUCGCUCGAAUGUACCACCGGGCAGGCCUCGUCCGUUUAAUGCGGCGACCCGUCAAAGCAACUUUACACCUCAUACUGGCGCGAAGAAACUCGUGGUGAAGAACCUUCGGACCGGGCCGCGAUUGGAUCAGGACUCGUAUUUUGAGAAGGUCUGGGGUCAGCUGGAUGCAGCGUUGACUGCGAUAUUCAGUGGCGGCAAGCCUGAGAUGUCGCUGGAGGAACUUUACAAGGGGUCUGAAAACGUUUGUCGACAAGGGAAGGCUGCAGUUUUAGCCAAGAAGCUCCAGGACCGAUGUCGGGAACAUGUAUCAGGGAAGCUUCGUGAGGCUUUGACGGCCAAGGCUGGAGGGGGGAAUAACAUCGAUACUCUACGGGCUGUGAUAGAGACAUGGGCGACAUGGCAGUCGAAACUGAUUACUGUUCGCUGGAUGUUCUACUAUCUCGAUCAGUCGUUCCUCUUGCAUUCGAAAGAAUUCCCCGUCAUCCGUGAGAUGGGUCUUAUCCAGUUCAGAUCUCAUAUAUUCUCCGACCCCGUGUUAAAACCGAAGAUCCUACAAGGUGCAUGUGACUUGGUGGAGGCAGAUCGCAACCAGGACAGCAGAGUGAUGGCCGAUUCAUCCUUGCUCCGAAAUGCGAUUGAGCUCUUCCACGGGCUUGACGUAUACACGACCAAUUUUGAGCCGCUACUUGUUUCCCAGUCAAAGGACUUUUUUGAGUCUUGGGCAGAACGAGAGGCAGCUGGGUACUUGGCUACCUUUGCAGAGAACAGCCACUAUCUGAUUGGACGAGAAGUCAAUCGGUGCGAGCUGUUUUCGCUCAGCCGGAGUACCAAACAAAAAUUGUCCGAGCUUCUGGACCAGAUUUUGGUGGAAGAGCAAGAAGAUGUACUGCUUAGCCAAGGAGAUGUACUGGGUUUACUACGGGCAGGAAACAAGGUUGCUCUGGAAAAGGUCUAUUCGUUACUUGAGCGAAAAGACCUGGGAGCACGGUUGAAGGCCCCCUUCAGCAGUUACAUUGUUGAAGAAGGGGCAGCGAUCGUGUUUGACGAUGAGAAAGAAGCAGAGAUGGUGACACGGCUGCUGGAGUUUAAGCAGCAGCUGGAUGAUACAUGGGUGAACUCAUUCCACCGGAAUGAGGACCUGGGACACAGCCUACGAGAAGCGUUUGAGAGCUUUAUGAACAAGGGCAGGAAAUCCGAAGCUACGGGCGGCACCGACAAUCCCAAGACGGGAGAGAUGAUAGCCAAGUACGUGGACCGGCUGCUCAAGGGCGGGUGGCGAUUGUCUAUGGGACGGAAGCCAGAGGAGAUGCCGCUGGCGGAUGAAGAUGCCGAGAUCAAUCGACAGCUGGAUCAGGUACUGGACCUGUUUCGAUUCGUGCAUGGCAAGGCAGUGUUCGAAGCGUUCUACAAAAAUGAUCUUGCCCGACGGUUGUUGAUGGGUAGGAGUGCAAGCGACGAUGCCGAGAAGAGCAUGCUUUCCCGACUCAAGACCGAAUGUGGAUCCAGCUUCACGCACAAUCUGGAGUCGAUGUUCAAGGACAUGGACGUGGCACGGGACGAGAUGGCGGCAUACAGCUCUAUCCAGCGCGAACGCAGUCAACGCCUACCGGUGGACUUGAACGUGAGUGUGUUGUCGGCGUCGGCAUGGCCCACGUAUCCGGAUGUCAAGGUGCAGAUACCACCCGUGGUCAAGAAGGCGGUGGACGACUUUGAAGAAUUCUACCACACGAAAUACCAAGGGCGCAAGCUCCACUGGAAGCACCAAUUGGCGCAUUGUCAGAUCCGGGCCCGAUUUCCUCGGGGCGAUAAGGAACUGGUGGUCAGUUCGUUCCAGGCGAUUGUGCUGCUGCUCUUCAACGACGUACCCGAGGGCCAGAAGCUUGGGUACACGCAGAUCCAGGAAUUGACAGGGCUUUCCGACCCGGAACUGAAGCGGACACUCCAGUCACUGGCAUGUGCCAAGUAUCGGGUGCUGAGCAAAGAGCCAAAGGGCCGGGAAGUCAACAGCGGGGAUGAGUUUUCGUACAACGCGAAAUUCUCCGACGAGAAGAUGCGGAUCAAGAUCAACCAGAUCCAAUUGAAGGAGACCAAGGAGGAGAACAAGACGACGCACGAGCGGGUGGCGGCGGACCGGCAUUAUGAGACGCAGGCGGCGAUAGUACGGAUCAUGAAGAGUCGCAAGACAAUAACACACCCGGAGCUGGUGGCGGAGGUGAUUAAAGCGACACGCAGCCGGGGGGUGUUGGAGCCGGCGGAUAUUAAGAAGAACAUUGAAAAAUUGAUUGAAAAGGACUAUAUGGAGCGCGAGGAGGGGAACCGGUAUCAAUAUGUGGCGUAGAGUUGUACAUUGUACAUUGCACAACAACAAUAACCGUGGACAGAAAGGAGUUGGGCAGGAUUACAGAUCAGCGAUCAGGUGCAAUGCAGCCGAAGUUCUAGACUGACAGAUUCAUAAUCGCCAGAAUCCACCGUGUUUACCCCUGGGUUGGGGAUUACAAAGUGUGGAGUGAUCGACAGACCAUUAGUUGGGUUCUCGUCAGAUGACUCUCUCAAUAAUAUGAUUGAAUAAGUAAUUACGGAGUACAAUGAGAUAUGAUCAUCUAGACUACAACUACCAAAUUAACCAC